AUGCUCAUCAACUGCGGCUCCGUGAUAUCACUCCUGCAGCGCCGCCUGGUUUCCGGACCGUUGUCCCAGGACAGUCUCCAGCUCAUCGCGGCCAACGGGUCACCGAUCCACACCUACGGACGACGCCUACUGACGCUCAACCUGGGUCUUCAGCGCGAGUUCCCCUGGAUAUUCACCGUCGCCGACGUGCCCGUGCCCAUCCUAGGAGCAGACUUCCUCAACCACACGGGCUUCCUGGGGGAUAUUCGUAGGCAACGACUGGUCGACCCGGCCUCUUCCAAGGAAUCGACGGUGCACUACCAGAAGGCUUCCGUUCACGGGGUCGACGCCAUCGCGGGACCCUCGGAUCUCCACUAUCGCACCACCUACGACAAGCUGCUUGCAGAGUACGCAGACCUCGCCCAGCCCUCUGAGAGGGGAGCAGCGCUUCAGGGUUCCUCAGUGGUGCAUCGCAUCACAACCUCCGGACCGCCUGUCUUCGAGCGACCGCGCCGCCUCUCCGGCGAGCGCUUAGCAGCGGCGAAAGCCACGUUCGACCGCCUUCUGCGUCAGGAAGUCAUCAGGCCUUCGUCGAGUCCAUAG